GUUUACAUAAGCACUAAUGUUUGAAAGUGCCUUGUCCUUGAGUUUUACAUCCUCUCAUUCUCGAUUAUGUCCAUAGAGACAGAACAAUGGGAUUAAUUUACACUCUCCGCGUCUUAAUCAAAUCAAUUUUGGUCGUUAUUUUGUGGUCCAAAUGCGAGGGUCGGGAGUCAGAGUUUAACUACGUCACCUGCGGUUCGCUUGUGAAAUUACUGAACACGAGACACAACGUUCGGCUGCACUCUCAUGAUGUAAAAUACGGCUCAGGCAGUGGCCAGCAGUCUGUGACGGGCGUGGAGAGUGCAGAUGACGCCAACAGUUACUGGAGGAUUCGGGGGAAGCCCGACGGGACCUGCCAACGCGGCGUGCCCAUCCAGUGUGGUCAGGCCGUCCGCAUCACGCACAUGACCACGGGACGCAACCUCCACACACACCACUUUAGCUCGCCGCUGUCCAACAACCAGGAGGUGAGUGCGUUCGGCGAGAACGGCGAGGGGGAUGACCUGGACGUGUGGCGAGUGCAGUGUGACGGCUCCAUCUGGGAGCGGGAUGAGGCGGUGCGCUUCAAACACGUCGGCACCGACGCCUUCCUGAGCGUGACGGGCGAGCAGUACGGCAACCCCAUCCAGGGGCAGAGGGAGGUGCACGGCAUGGGCACUGCCAACCAGAACAACUACUGGAAGGCUAUGGAGGGUGUGUUCAUUCUCCCCAGCCAAGAACCGCUGAGACACAAUCACGAAGAGCUCUGAUGACAUCAUCAAGCUAACGAGACGCCAUCACGAAGAGCUCUGGUGACAUCAUCAAGCUAACGAGACGUCAUCACGAAGAGCUCUGGUGACAUCGUCAAGCUGCUGCGUCACGAUGAGCUCUGACGUCAUGACGAGCUGUUGACGACGUCACAAUGAGUUCCGAUGACAUCAUCGUCACAUAAUAUUGCGCCUCGGCUUCGUCUGAAACGGAACCCUAUUCUAUAAUAUAUACCCACAUGACUCUGAUCAGUGCACUAAAAGUGCACUAAAAUAGAGAAUAGGGAGCCACGACAGACACGGUGCAAGUCGACUGCAGGAUGACACUGAUGCAGCUAACUGGGUCAAGAUGGCGCCUAUGACUUUGUUAUGACAUUCUUUCGUAUACCCGUUACCCAACCGGGAACAACUUUUGAUGACUAUUGACUACUGUGCAGUCGGUCUCUGGUGACUACUGUGCAGUCGGUCUCUGGUGACUACUGUGCAGUCGGUCUCUGGUGACUACUGUGCAGUCGGUCUCUGGUGACUACUGUGCAGUCGGUCUCUGGUGACUACUGUGCAGUCGGUCUCUGGUGACUACUGUGCAGUCGGUCUCUGGUGACUACUGUGCAGUCGGCCUCUGGUGACGGGAUCAGACAGGGAGAUGAGAAGGUUGUCUGACGAUGAGAAUCGGUUGACGUUUUUGAAUUUGACACAUCUCUGAACAAAAUGGGAUUGAAGAAUUUGGCUUUGAUUAGUUUGAGGGAGAAUGUGGUAAGGCAGUUGCUCUGCUCUGAUAUCAGAGGUAUUAGCACCUGCCUGCAGGGGGGGGGAAUCUAAGGGAAACACUGCCAUUUCCAGGUGAAUCUACUGUGCCUGUCUACUCCUUAGCGACCGACAUCCUGAUGGUAAUAAAAACAAACAUUGUCUGGAUUUUUCACUUCCAAGGUCGACACCUGUAGCUGCUGUGCUCACCCUUUACCUGUAGCUGCUGUGCUCACCCUUUACCUGUAGCUGCUGUGCUCACCCUUUACCUGUAGCUGCUGUGCUCACCCUUUACCUGUAGCUGCUGUGCUCACCCUUUACCUGUAAUAAUGACAUCACAUUUAGACACCACCUACUGUGAGGCCUUUCCCCCGGGACAUGACUCACCUGACUUGCUUUUGGGAGUGUUUUCUUAUUGUGUUUAGACUUAUUUUAUGUUUGUAGGUCGGGAAAGGAUAUUGUUUAUUUGUAUAAGGGAAGACAAGGUGAUUGAAGUUAUUUGGAACACAAUUUUUAAGGCAGUUUAUUUUUUGUUCUCUGCCGUUUUCAUUGUGGGUCAUCGGGGAGGAUAUUUUCUAGUCUGUAAUAUAGAGCCUCCAUAUGAUAUCAUGAAACACCUUCGUUUGGGCUUGUUGCUAUUUUAAUGAUCAAUCACAAUUAAUAAAGACAUUGUUUCUGUG